GCUUUCCUCAGGGACGUUACAACUCGUCGAGGUUGGUGGCGGCGCCAUUUUGAAUUGGUGGAGGGUCGGAGGCGGCGGUCGCCGAACCGGGCUCCGUGUCCUCCCCGAGAAAAACCAGCGAGAAAGGAGCGAGGUCUGAAUAUGGCAGCGAAUAGGAACUUGAAGCAAGUGCGGAUCGAGAAUAGCUCCCCAGCGGCGCCCCUGGGCAUGGUGGGGGGUGGUGGCGGCGGCGGCAACCUGAAGGGAUUGCGGGGCCUAGAAACGGAGAGUGAGGCGGCGGCGGCGGCCAUGGCGCUGGUGCCGAGCAAGGAAGGUGGAGAUGAAGAGCAGGAGGUUGGGUUUACCAUCGAUAUCAAAAGCUUUCUCAAACCUGGCGAGAAGAGCUACACGCAGCGCUGCCGACUGUUCGUCGGGAAUCUGCCUACUGAUAUCACCGAGGAAGAUUUCAAGCGCCUUUUCGAGCGCUAUGGGGAGCCGAGCGAGGUCUUCAUCAAUCGGGACCGUGGCUUUGGCUUCAUCCGCCUGGAAUCUAGGACACUGGCUGAAAUAGCAAAGGCAGAACUUGAUGGUACUAUUUUGAAGAGUAGACCACUUCGAAUUCGAUUUGCUACACAUGGAGCUGCCCUAACGGUCAAGAAUCUUUCACCUGUGGUUUCUAAUGAGCUGCUGGAACAAGCAUUCUCUCAAUUUGGGCCAGUGGAAAGAGCUGUUGUUGUAGUAGAUGAUCGUGGCAGAGCUACAGGAAAAGGUUUCGUAGAGUUUGCAGCAAAACCUCCAGCACGGAAAGCUCUAGAAAGAUGCAGUGAUGGGGCAUUCUUGCUAACAACAACACCUCGACCUGUUGUUGUAGAACCAAUGGAGCAAUUUGAUGAUGAAGAUGGGCUUCCAGAGAAGCUGAUGCAAAAAACACAACAGUAUCACAAGGAAAGAGAACAGCCUCCACGUUUUGCUCAGCCUGGAACAUUUGAGUUUGAGUAUGCUUCACGGUGGAAGGCUCUUGAUGAGAUGGAAAAGCAACAGCGUGAACAGGUUGACAGGAACAUUAGAGAAGCCAAAGAGAAACUAGAGGCAGAAAUGGAAGCAGCUAGACAUGAGCAUCAACUAAUGCUGAUGAGGCAAGAUCUCAUGAGACGUCAAGAAGAAUUGAGGCGUUUGGAAGAACUUCGAAAUCAAGAACUUCAAAAACGCAAGCAGAUACAAUUGAGACAUGAAGAAGAACAUCGACGUCGUGAAGAAGAGAUGCUGCGCCAGAGGGAGCAGGAGGAGUUACGACGACAGCAGGAGGGAGGAUUUAAACCAAAUUUCAUGGACAAUAGAGAACAGGAAUUGAGAAUGGGUGAUAUGGGUCCUCGUGGAGCAAUAAACAUGGGAGAUGCGUUUAGCCCAGCACCUGCUGGUAACCAAGGCCCUCCUCCAAUGAUGGGUAUGAAUAUGAACAACAGAGGAACUUUACCUGGCCCUGCAAUGGGUCCUGGUCCUUCCAUGGGACCAGAAGGAGCUGCAAAUAUGGGAACGCCAAUGAUGCCAGAUAAUGGAACAGUGCAUAAUGAGAGAUUCCCUCAAGGAGGUCCAUCACAGAUGGGUUCACCUCUGGUUAGUAGAACGGGCUCUGAAACUCCUCAGCCUCCAAUGAGUGGUGUAGGUGCCGUGAGUGGUGGACCUGGUGGCUUUGGUAGAGGAAACCCAGGGGGCAACUUUGAAGGACCUAACAAGCGUCGCAGAUACUAAAACUUAUUUCAUUCCUUACUGUUUAGAAAUUCCAGUAAAACUAUACAGUGAUAUGCCUUUAUAAUUUUAGCUGUUACCUGGAAACGGUUUUAUUGUUAUUGUAGUCUUUAAAACAGUUUCUUUUGUAAAACUUUUUUUGUAUUCAGUCAUAGGCUUUGUAGUCUAGAGAAGAAAUGAUGCGGAUCAUUAUGUAAGGCAAUGUGUUUGUGACUAGCAAAAUACAAUGUGUGACUAUGCUGUAAAACAUGCAGUUAACUGGUUACAAUAAAAUAUAAAAAUCACUUGAAAGGAUUUUGGGAAUGUUAUUACUAAUACUGGGUGAGAAUAAUUUUACGAUUACUUAUAAGUGGCAUAAUUUUCAUUCUUAUGUAGUUUCUACUGUGUGUCAAGAAGGCUCCAUUCUUAAUAGUAAUUCUUUUUACUGCAUGUUGCAGUAUGCAGUGUACUAUGAACAAUUUAUAACACAACUGCUUUUGUUUUGACUUUUGAAGAGCAUCGAAUUUUAUACAAAGUGUUCUCAAGGAUACUGUGUCCUUGCAUCUCAGUCUCCCUUUGGAAUCUUAGUCACAAUAAGCUCAUCAACAGAGUAUAUCUGUUACUCAGAUUAUUGGAAAACAUAACUUGGGGGGAAAAAACACCCCACCUUUGGAGAGGAAUCUGUAUGUAUGCUUUAUUCAUAACAGUAUGAAUGAAUUUACCUAAACCAUAUUUCUACAGAAGAAAAAUUGUUGUCAUCUGUGCGUUCAACUGAUCGUUAAAGUAUCUUGCCGUUGCAAGGGAGGAGACAUUUGUGCGAGCUGGUUUAAAGCCUUCCACUGUGUAAUGCAUUAUUAUAAGUAUACGUUUCCCCUCAUGGUUGGUUUGAAUAGAAGCAAGUCUGUUACUAAUUAUUAACUGUUUAAUUAGGAGGCAAGUACAUGUUUUUCCAUUAAAAUAAUUGUUCAUUUAUAGUAGAGUAAUAUGCAUUUAGAAGGAUUGCACAUGAGUAUUCUUGAUAAGUGUUUUACAAAAGGAUGAAUUUGAAAAAUACCCAUUUCCAACACAACUUAGGCUAGAUUUGCUGAUUGAGUCUUAAGAUAAAACUGAUGAUAAAGCUAAUAAAAAGCUUAUUAUGAUUCAGAUUUUGUCAGUCCUGGAAGAUGAUGGAAAAGACCUAUUGGUUCUAUUCCUGUAAUGGCAAGAAAGUAGGAAUACUUUUGGUUAGUAUUGCUUUUUUCCUGUGCAAAAUAGUUGUAAAACAUUAGUGUUCUGUUUUUAUUAGUUCACUCACAUUUUCAGAAAUAGAAAUUUCUAAAAUUUAUCUGCAUGAAUAACGAUACUAAAUUUAUUAAAAACUGAUUUUGAGAUAACAUGGUGCCCUAAUUGUAUCGAAAUUGUAUGUACAUAGCUCAAAGCAUGGGAUGCAAACAGCAGAGAGAGUAUGUGUGCGUUACUUCUUAACAUAGCAGUGAUGGUGAACUGAAUUGUGAGCAAAUGGGUAGCAGGAAAAUCGUGGCAUUGCUGGCAUUUUGGAAGUACACUUACUUAGUUUUCCAGUGUUAUAUGGCUUAAAAUAGAGAUUGUUUUCAUACAAUUCAGGAGUUAUCACAUGUGACGUUUGUAACUACUAAGCAUUUUCCUCUAGACUGUCUUUAAUGUUGCCCCCUUUUGCUCGACUUGAGAUAGGUGCUACACUUUAUAGUUUGUAAUGCAAGAGUGAGUUAGGUUUAAAGUCUGAAAUAUUCUUUCUCCUACUUCAUAUAUGUAUCACGUUACAGCACUAAAUCUUCCAAAAAAACCCCACAACUGAUUUUACUUAGCCCACUGUUCCUAAAGCUCAACAUUUGGGAAAAUAGCUGUUUUUUCAGUAGGUAUAAACUAGUGUUUGCAUAUAGCAAUUACUUAAGCUCUCUGCUUUGGUGUACUGUGUUCAGUUGAAAAUGCAGUUUACAUCAGUGUCUAGUAAGGUGUCUAGGUUACUUCUAUCUCACAUUUUCUGCCCUUGUACAUGGCGUUUUUUUAUGGGGAUUGAGAAAGUACUGGUGUGAGUUGGUAAUUCUGAACUGUAAAGCUGAAAGGGGAACGUGUUUUAAAUGUAACUUGAACUAGAUUCAAGAGGUCUGUUCAGUUUUUCAGAGGAAAGGACUGUGUCUUUCAUUCCUUUUGGCUAACUACUGUAGAUUUGUUUAGAUAUAUACAACCUCAUCCUUGUAGUAUCUGAGUAUGUUUCAGAUGUAUAUUAAAAACACCAAAUCUGCAAAAAGCGGUUUGUUCUUUGUUGCCAACCUCAUGCUAUUUUAAGUGCAUCUUUGUUGCGCUGCAUUUUUGCUAGCAAGCAGAUGUAUGUAUGUAUAUGAAAGUUAUUUUAGAUUUUAAUUAAUAUUAGUGAUUUUCAUUCUACAGUUGUGAGCUACCCUUCCUGUAAAACUUGACUUGGAUGGCUCUGCUGCAUGGUAGCAGUGGAUUUGUAUGCUCUCCUUAUUGCAGAAAAUCACCUCAUCUCUUUUUAAAUAUCCAUGAACCACGCCUUGAAGUCCUAAAAAAUAAAUACUGAAAUGUUGAAUUUGGGCACAUUUUAAAGAUUUCUUGAAGAAUUCCUAUUGUAGCUGAUGACAGCCUCCCAAAUUCUGCUCUUCCUGAAAGCUUUCUUAGGGCUGUCUCUCCAUAUUGAUUGUAUACAGCUCAGCUGUAAAGGCAGUGAUUUUCAUUUUGCCGUAUGUCGUAGUAACUGACUGUAACUAUAAGUUAAACACAUAAUUUUGUUAGAAAAGGAAUGGUCCCAAUUUGAUUCAUAAAAAUGGUAUGUAGAUACAGCCAAGGAGAGUUUUUGCUUGAAAGUGCUGCCCAUAUGCUGGAAUCGGUUAAUUUUUCUUGUUUGUCUUCUGGCCAAUUAGUCUUAUCAUUUUUUCUGUGUAUACAUAUGCUUAAGUUUUUAACUGUCUUUGGUUGGUUUGACUAGAAAGCGUAGUGAAGUCCUCACUCUUUCUGCUAUAUACUGUGGUAAAACAAGCUUGGAAAGGAUAUGAAGUUGACAACUACAGUGGACUUAGUUUUGGUUGUACUUACUGAGUUUUUAAGUUAUUCCUGAAAUUUCAGACUAAACCGCUUAAUUUUCAUGUGAGAUACAAUUUUAAUACUUAAAGAUAGCAAAACUUUCCUAUUUAAGUGAAAACAAACAAAAAUAACCCACCACCAGAAUCCAGCUUGUCUAACUGCAUUUGCAUUUAUCACCUCAGUCAUUUGAAGGGGAGUGACUUGGCACUUGAAAAAAGUUAAAUUCCUUUUGGUUGUGAUUUAAUUUCUUUGUAUUUCUGUCCAUUGUGCUCAUUAGGUAAAGCACAUUGAUAUCUUGGGAAACCUGGUGGCGGUUCAAAUAUAUUUAACUAUUUAUUUCCUAAGAAAAAUACAAAUUACUGUCGAUUACCUAGAAAGAAAAUUCCUGACUCGUAACUUGUUGUAUUUGUUGUCCACAUCUAUUUUAUCCAUUUGGACAUAAAGAUACAAUAAACUGGAGAUUCUUAUUAGAACAAAAGGUUAUAAUAGAUGGCAAGAAGACAACAAGAACUAAAUGUUAUGUUAAUUUAAUUUUAACCAUAAUGCAAGAGGAUUUUAUAGUGUGCAUUCUUUGAGGAGCAUUCUGGUCUAAAGUAUACUGUCAUAUUUUAAAAUAUUAUACCAAAUUCAUUUUUCCCUUUUGAUUUCCACUUUUGAUCUCAGAUUUUAACUUGAAAAAUAGAAUAAUCUAUAAUUACAAAUUCUUUUGAAAGGUACUAAAUACAAAUGCACUGACUUGUAUGAAGUACUGACUGUUAAAUGGUCAUAAUCUGCCUUGAAAUAAUUUGUAUAAAAAAUGCUGAAAUAACCAAUCUAAAGGAAGAUUCUCAAGUUAAAACCAGAACCCCCUAGGCCUUCUGAAGGGAGAAGAUGCUUUGAGGGCAAAUGAGUAGUGUGCUCUGAUGGCAUGAAGCUCAUUUUACUUAAGCAUGUUGUGGAAACUAAUUUUUUUGCAUAAUUCUUAAUAUUUAUCUUUUUUAAUAACAAGUUGGAUCAUAAUUCUUCCCUUCUUGGUGAAGACAAUUCAAAAUAAACGGCAAUUGAACUAUUAAAAUGGUAGGGAAGGCUGGGUAGCAACUGAUGGGGUCAGUUUACAUUGGACCGCAAGUAUGAAUGGUUUCUCAGUCCCUUUCCUGAGACUUAGUGGUGCAUACCCAUAGGUGGUUUUAUGGAGUCUGCAUCCAGCAUCUCCUGUUAGCUUGUGCUUGGGGACAAGACUUGGGAGAGCAUGUAUUUCAAAUGCAAUUUAAUUGUCUUCUCAGGAGCCCUCAAUUUAUUAAUUUGGGCACUGUGCUGUCAUUAAGAUGCAGAACCAUCUUGGAUUUGGUGCUUUCCUCUCUUAGCUCACUUCUAGAUUGAGGCAGUACCAGUCCACAAACUUCCCCAAUUCCUAAACAAUGAGGUGGGAGUGAGUGUGUCCUAUAAAAAAUACAGAGGUUGAACAUUACUCCUUUAGAAUAUUGGCUAUCCAGUGCUAGUUUAGUGGCAAAUGUUGGACUGCGUUAACCCAAAAACAUUUGCCCUCUUAAAAACCCAUUCAAUGACAUGUGAGAAUUUAAUAACAAUAGAAGGAUUGACUAAAAACUCAGGUAUAAUUUUUCCCAUUGGAUUAGCUUUUUUGUUGCCUUUUGGGAUAUAGCAUAAAAUGUACUUAGUCUUAGUAGGUGGAUUCACCAAUGACAUUUUGCUGGUAAGAAGAAACCUGUUUUGUUAAUAGUUUUGGGGUUUUCCCCAUAAAAUAUUUAAAAAUCAUAUCGGUAGGCAUUUUGAGGUUUGUUUUCACAGUAAUACAUUAAAUACUCAAGUUUACCAAAAUUAUCUAUGUCUAAAAGGUAAGUUGUAGAACAGAUAAACUGAAUAUUGAAUUUUCAUGAAAACAAUACUUUUGAUAAUUUUAAAUGCAUGGAAACAAGCCCUCAAUGUGUUCAUUUUCAGUGGGAUAGAUUUAAAUAGGUCUUUUCCAUCUUGAACUUCCUUAAGCUACUAUGAAAAUUAAUAUAAUUGAAAUUUGGAGAUAUUCAUAUUAAUGACCUCAGACUGACUUCUAAAAGGAGUAAGAGAUGAGUUUAUUCAGAAAAGCAGUUUAGAACAGCAACCAUUUUUUCCUAAUUGAAGGAACUAUUCAGAAAAGUUUAAGUUCAGAGAUAAGCAUAGCAUACUUAUUUAUGGGUAAAACUAUUUAAAAAAACCUCUUUCAUAUAAUGAUUAUUUUAUACCCAAGUCAAGUUAAAAGAAAAAAAAAAUUCUUUGUAAAUGUGGGUAAAAGCUAAUUGAUUUGUGUGUAGUCCCUCAAAUAGAGGACAAAAUGCUUAUAAGAGGUAUGAGAUUCAAAAGGAACUUAACUGUGUUACUGCGUACGUGUGUUGAUAAGUUUUUUCCAUUUGUUUUGGUAAAUGGUUUAUCUAGAGCUUCUAUUGUUCCUAGUUUUGCUAGUGUGCUUUUAUAUCUUAUUUUCUGUAGAGUAAAGCAUAGCUGUAUAAUUUGAUUGAAUUUACAUGUGAACUGUAUGUGGGACAUUAAGUGCUUGACUGGAAAGAAGCACAGUGAGAAUAAAGAUACUGUUCUUGCCUUCAAUUUCUCAGUAAAAAAAAAAAGUUACAUAGAGCCUUGAACAGGAAUAAGCAUGAAAGAUCCUGUAUGUGAAUUAAAAAAAGAUGGGAGAGGGGGAAUAAAGUAACAUAUUAAAAAUGGGAGAAACGUGGUUUAAUUUUAUGUCUAUAGCAGAUUCACAAAAAUAACUUUUAUGCAUGUUAAAUGUGAAAAGCACAAAAUAACUAAUUUUUAAUGGAAAAGAUGGAAAUACUGGUUACAUUAGUAUGUUGGAUUUUUUUAAACUUUGAGUUUAGUAUUGUGAAGAUAGCCAAAGAAUAUCAGAAAAACUGAAAUGAAUUAAUGUUCUGUAAAAUUUUAAUAUUCAUGGGAUGUAGGGUGGGGUCACUGCAGUUGAAUGUUUCUUCUGUGUUGUUAUGAAAUUGUUCUGUCGGACUUGGUUUUGGUGGCUGAAUACAGCAACUGUAUACAGCGUACACACCUCAUGUCGUAAGUAUGAAACAGCUGAUUUUAAGAUUGUUAGCCUCUCAUCAAACCAGUGAGAAUCCAGUCUUAAACUUGUGUCACAGCCACAGAAGCACCAAACAGAAGAUUGUGUAAAGGAAAAUAAAAUAGUGGAUAUUUUAUUAGUAAUUACAGGAUAGGAUUAAUGUAUUUCCAUUAGGUUUUUUGCCUUAAUUUCACUGUAAUCAAUUUUUUAUUUAUGUGAAAGUGAAAGUAAUUUUAUUCUCAGUGAAUAUUUGAAAGAAAAAGACCCCAUCAAAACAAAACACCCCUCCCCCCAAAAACAGUGCCUAACAUCCACCCUCCCAAGCAAAACAGGUUUUCCUUCUUUAAAUAACCACAUAUACCUAAGCAAGUUGGAAGAGGAAAUGUAGUAAAUGUAAAAAGAUGUAAAAACAAGGAUUUACUGUAAUUCUUUUUGCAGCUGUUUGCUCUUAGUGUUCUGCGCAUAUUGAUGUGUUUCUUUUUUUUUUAUAAGCUCCAUUACUGUUCAUUAUUUGCUGUAAAAGGAUUUAUUCUGCAAUGUUGAUACUAAGGUUUAAAUAUUUUUAUCUAGUGUAAAAUUGCAGGAAAAACCUCUGCAUAAACUAGCUAUCGCAGUACUGUAGAAUGCAGUCUUUGAACUGGCAGCUGAAAGUGGUCUUUCAAGCUGCUUACAAGUGUUUUAAAUAUUUGUAUGCUAAUGGAAAAUUUGAAUUCUUUGCGUGCAUAUUUAAAACAAUAAUUCAGUCCAUGCAUUGCUGCAGAUAGCCUUUUGCCCUCCUUGCUGCUUGGUCCUGCUUCCUGCCUGCUUUGUCCCACCCUCACAUCUCUGUGCCCAUGCGGUGAGCAGGGUAAAAGAAACCUGGUGAAAAUUACUGAUUCUGCUCAUUUCAGUGUGGAAGGAAAGAACAGCAAGGAGUGAGCAGUAGAGCAAGACUCUUCAGAACUGUCUGGAUGUAGCUUAGUUUGUGCUGUAUCAGCAUCUCUGUGCCACAUAGACAAUGUAGUUUUAUGUAUGUGUUUGGAUGACUUUUCAGUAUUUCUAAGAAAUACAUAGCUUAGAACAAAUUAGGCGAGAAAUAUGUUGAGAGCUUUAGAUCUCUGAAUCACAUGGUUAUGUUUUACAUUCUUAGUGAUAGCUGGCCCAAGAGGGCAAGUAUCUGAAGUAAUGAAGGGAAAAAAACUGUACACUAAAAUGUUGAGCCAAACUGUAUGUGAGCUUGAUCUGUCUGUUCACUUUCUGCAGUUGCCAAGAAGGUUACAUGCCAGCCAGUAAAAUAUGGAAAAUAGUGUCCUUCAUGAUUUCUCCAGGAAAGAUGAUAUACACAGUUGUUUUAGAGAAGCAAGACUAUUCACAUGUACUUUUUCUUUGAAGAAAAUACGUGAACUGCAGUUACAAAGAUGGGAAAUACUGUCUUGAAAUGUUAACGUUCUUCAUUCUUUGAUACAAUAGCACCAAAGUGUUCCAUGUAUUAUGUUCCAAUAUUAAGGGAGAGAGCAUGUGAAAGGUAAGCUGCAGCUCCAGUUCUAAUCAACUUGAAAUCAAAAGCCUUUUCCAGAAGGCACAGAAAGAAAACUUCAAUAAUGAAACAGUAGUUCAUCUUCAGUUUUGUUCCAAUGUGGAACAUUGUGCUUCUAGAACUUCCAGCAUUGUAUCAGUAGCAGUUCCUCAACUGACGUUUUCAGAACCAGAGCUGUGCCAAGUAAUACAAAUAAAGUUUCUGCCUUAGCGUGUGAAGAAUGCAAUUAUUACAUUUCAAAAACUGAAUGUUCAGAGUUUUUAAAGAGAAUGUAUUAAAUAAUUGUCAUGUAUUGGAUUACUGGUUUAAAAGUAAAAAUUAUGUUAACUUGGCAAUUGGGAUGGCUAUGCUUUAAGAACCAUUUUGGUAUACGUGCCAGUUUAUUGUUGCCAUGUUGUGCUUUGUGUAGUUUUUGUGAUAUGACCUAAUGCAUGUUCAGCAUCAUUCUUGUAUCACAGUUGUGUACAGUUUCAUAUUUUAUUCACACUGCUGAAUGCAAAUGUCUGUAGAAGGGGGGUACUUAGAGCAUUUGUUUAGCACUACGUAACUUGUUUAGGAGGAGUUUUCAUUGCUAAGCUUGCUUUCUGUUUUGUGUUUGCUCUGCAUGUUUUCUGCAAAAUAUGCUUUUUCUAUUGCAUAUGGGGAAAGAGUAGCAAGUCACGAAAAUGUGUUUAUUAGGAAAGUAAACGGAUGUCCUGGAUGCCUCUUACUGCUUCUAAAAUGACUGGCUCAGGGGAAUAAAAUCGCUUGGUAUACUUUCAUGCAUAAUUACAUCUAGAUUUUUUUCUUGCUCAUGGACGGUUUCAGUAUUAGUGUUAAAGGUAAAAAAAAUUCUGAGUUUUAGUUUCCUUAGAUAGUCUGGUUUCAUCACAAGCAUGUGUACAAGACAUGAAAUUAAUCACAAAUUACUUGAUGUUUGCUCUGAAUAGUACUCUAACUCCCCAAGAUGUAUUAAACUUAAAAAAAAUAAUUAUUUUGAGUUUCAUCAUUUUAAAGUGAAACUUAAAAAAUUGUAUUGAGUGAGAGUAAGCCAGUCCACUGCGGGGUGGGAGAAAGUACAAAUCUCUGGAGAAAUCAUGCACUUGUUUUGAGUUGCAUUAUGUUACUGGGCAUGCAUAUUUUACUUUUUAAAUUGGGACUAUAGUG